UUGAGAUUAGGAUGGACAGAAGACAAAGAAGAGACGACGGACAAAAGAAUAAAUAUUAAGAAAAACUGAAAACUUUUUUUUUUGUAGUUUUAAGGAAAAAAGGAUAUUUAACUAGUUGUUUUCCAGCUGUUUUCUUUUCCAACAGAAGGAUACUAUUUCCUUUGACGACCACAGCGACAGCAGAGAAGGAUAUUUUCCGAAAUCUAACUAUAAGAUAGUGAAUAUAAACGCACAUCUUCUACCUCAGCCUCAGGAUUAUGGUGGUGUUUGCUCGGUCUGAGGAUCUGAAGGAGGAUAAAAAUGCUGAAAUGUAAAGUUCACAGUUAUCUUUGGUGCCUGUGGUUCACCUCACUGCUGCUGCUCCAGGAUCUGAGCAGUGCAGCUCCCGCAGAGGAUCAGUCUGCUCCAUGUAGCAUCUUUGUUUCUGAACCAGUGUCCAGUCUGGACUCCAUAUCACUGACAGUGAACACACAUGGACGGGAUUGCUCCUUCACCAUGACAUCUCCGGACACCGGAGCAGACGGCGCAGAAUGCAGGAGACAAAGAAGAGGAGACGAGGAGAUAGAGACUAAUGAUAUCGGAGGAAAGGAGCGAGGAGAGGAGAAGCGGGAAGAGACAGUGGUGAACUAUCUGGGAACCAACCAGCUAGGAGGUGAGGAUGGAGGGAGCAAGGACGCAGGAGGCGACUUCUUCACCUGUGUGUUGGAUCAACUGGAGCCUGGAACUGCCUACCAGCUGCAGGUUCAAUCCCAGAGCGACGGGGAGAUGGCCAACCUCACCCUGCACACCCGGCCGUCAGCAGUGAGCGGCCUGGCAGUGACCUCCAGGACUUGCAGCAGCCUGGGUCUCUCGUGGCAGGCCGGCCCCGGCAGGACGCAGCGCUUCAGGCUGCAGCUGCGGGAACGUCCUCAGAGUCCGGAUCAAUCAGGUGUGCUGAUCAACGAGACGCUGGAGAGCACGGCGACGCAACACACGCUGGUCAACCUGACGCCUGGACGGCUGUACAACGUUACCAUGGUGACGGAGGCAAGCGGUCUGCAGAACAGCAGGACGAUCGAGGCUCGGACAGUCCCCGCGGCUGUCUCCAACCUCACCACCGAUUACAACAACAGCACGAGCUUGCGGUUGUCAUGGCAACAGCCAGAAGGUGACCUGGACGCACUCACGGUCACCCUCUCGUCCAAUGACUCGAGCCGGUGGGAGACGACCCUUCCUGGGGACGCCGCCCAAGUCACCGUCGAUCAGCUGACCCCCGGCUCAGCCUAUCAGGUUGCUGUGAUGUCAAAGAGCGGCAAGCUGACAAACCAAUCAGAAAUCACCGCCAGAACAGCUCCAGAGGCGGCGUCUCUCCUCUCCCUGUCUCCCUCCUCCUCCUCCUCCUCCUCUUCCUCCUCCGGUGGCCUCCUCCUCUCUUGGUCGUCCCCCGCCGGCCGCUGGGAAAGCUACAGGUUGUUCCUGUUCGACGGUUCCCAGCAGUUAGUCAGCACCGCUCUGGACAGGGAGGCUGUGAACUUUAGCUUUCCUGGGACGGGACUAACGCCUGGAAAGCUGUACAGAGCUGUGCUGAGAGUAGAGAGCGGAGGACUGAUUGCUGAGAGCAGCUGUGAGGGAUCAACAGCUCCUGCUCAGGUGUUGGACCUCCACAUACGACACUCGGACGAGACCUCGCUCAGCGCCAUGUGGAGCCACGCCCCCUCGGGUUCACGUGACAGCUACUUCCUGACAAUUCGCCACGAUAAUGUCACCGUGGAUACCAGAGAGGUGGAGCCUAACAUGAGGGAGUGCACGUUCAAUGUUCUCACACCUGGGAGACGGUACACCAUCACCGUGACGACCAGGAGCGGGAAACAGAACACCUCUGUGUCUUUGGAGGGAAGGACAGUUCCCAUGGCGUUGAGUACCAUCACCCUGAGUAGCUCUGGAGUCGACAGCCUUCAGGCAUCGUGGCAAAAACCACCGGGAGACGUGGACUCGUACACGUUGACCCUGCUGCAGGACAGCGUUGUGGUUCAGAACCGCAGCGUUCCAGCUGGUUCUUCUUCUCUGCUGCUGGCUGGUUUAACACCCGGCGCCCUCUACAGGCUGCAGGCCGCCACUGUCAGCGGUGGGGUUCAGUCUAAAACCACCAGCCUCGAAGGACGCACAGGCCCGGCAUCGGUCUCUGAGGUAACCGUUGCUAACGGCGGCAAGUCGGACGCUCUGCAGGUGUCAUGGCGUCCCGCGGUGGGCGUGGUCGACAGCUACCAGGUGCGUCUUCAGGACGGGAGUCGAAUCGUCCACACGCUGGUCGUGUCCCGCUCCUCGCCACCAGAGGGCUCCUUCAGCUCGCUGGUCGCCGGGCGGCUGUACUCGGUCUUCAUAGUGACGAGGAGCGGCGGCCUGGAGAACGCCACCACGGUUCAAGCCCGGACACAACCUGCCACUGUGCAAAACCCAACAGCGGUUCACUCUGCAAGAGACGACUUCCUCAAGGUGUACUGGCGUCAUGCAGCUGGAGAUAUGGACCGUUACGUGGUUCUGAUCCAUUACAACAACAGCAUGCUGCAGAACAAGAGCGUCUCCGCCGGACACAACGAGUGCGUCUUCUCGUCCCUGACGCCGGGGAGACUCUACACCGUCACUGUGGAAACCUGGAGCGGCAGCUAUGUCAGCAGCGUGUCCACCGAUGGACGCACCUUUCCAGCAGCUGUGGGCAAUCUGUCGCUAGGCAACACAGGAACAGGUGAUCUGACUGUGACCUGGAGUCCCGCCCCGGGAGAUGUGGACCACUAUGAGGUCACUCUGCUCUUCAACGACACUCGUGUUUAUCCUCCGGUCACGUUGGGCAGCGAGGUGCGACAUCACCAACUGACCUCUCUGACCCCAGGACGGCUUUAUAAGAUUGUGGUGUCGACGUUCAGCGGUCCGUACCAGAGACCUCAGUUCAUUGAGGGACGGACAGGUAGGACCACCGAUUAUUCUUCCUCUAUCAGGUUUAACACUUUGACUCUGCAAAAAAGUCCAGUUGUGGUGACUCCAGAUUCCCCUCCCACCUGGUUUCUGUCCUCUCCAGUUCCCAGUGCGGUAGGAAACCUCCACCUGGCUCCUCGGCCGAGCCUGAUGGACUCUGUGGGGGGGCUGGUGGUCUCCUGGACGCCUGGAGACGGAGACCUGGACAUGUACAUCGUUUCGCUGUCCUCUACGGACGGCGUCGCGGUCGAGACUCGUCUUGUCCCCAAACAUGUCUCCUCCCUGGACUUCCCGGAUCUGACCCCAGGCCACGCCUACACCAUCACUGUCCAAUCACUGAGUGGGAAGCUGACCAAUAGCAACAAAGCCACCGGCAGGACGGCCCCGGCCAGAGUCACCGCCCUGCAGGCGGAUAACGACCACACCACCCACAGCCUGACCGUCACCUGGGAGAGGCCGGUGGGCGUGUACGAUGGAUACAGCCUGCAGCUGUUGGACGAGGCUGGCGUCGUUCUGGCCAAUCAGUCGGUCGCUGUGGAGAGUCGCAGCGAGCGGCUGGGCGGCCUGACGUCUGGGAAGUGGUACCGCAUCCGCGUGGUGACACUGAGCGGCGGCGUCCCAUCGCUGGAGGCCACAGCAGAGGGACAAACACGUCCGGCUGCUGUCAGCAAUCUGACAGUCACUGCGUCCAACUGCUCCUCUCUCUCCUUCUCUUGGCGUCCCUCGGACGGACACGUCGACAUCUACGACCUGUCGCUCUACAGCGUUGCGGAGGCGACGGCCAAUCACAGACAGGGCACCGCAGGAAGCAGGAAGGAUCAUCAGCAGGCUGCUGGUGAGUUAGUGGACCUGCAGAAGGUCGGUCCAGCUGCAGACAGCUGUGUGUUCUCCGGCCUGCGAGCAGGAAGUCUGUACAGACUGCAGGUGGUGAGCUGGAGCCGAGGCAUGAACAGCGACUCCUCCGUACUCGCCAGAACCGUCCCGUCUCCCAUCUCGUCGCUGCAGGUUCAGAGUUCAGGACGGACGGACAGACUGACGGUCAGCUGGCAGCACGGAGAGGGAAGCUGGAGCCGCUACGAGGUGGUAUUGUACGACGUCUCUGGAGCCACUCUCGGGACUCAGACGCUGGGGGCGGAGCACAGGAGUCACAUGUUCCCUGGGCUGACCCCUGGUAGGCUGUACCGCGCUGAGGUCAUCACACACAGCGGGGAGCUGACCAGUAACAUCUCAGCAUUUGGACGCACCACACCAGAGCCACCCACUCACCUGUCCGUCAAACAAGGCCCGACCAAUGACACGAUAGAGCUGUCAUGGUCUGGUCCCGCCUCCGGAGACUACGACAACUUCAGUCUGCAGUGGACUCCUCCAGACCGCCUGUCAAUCACACAGACUCACCUGACCAGACGCGUCGUGGGCGGGAUGUUUCCAGGGCGACAGUACAACUUCACCGUGACGACUGUCAGCGGGGCCGGGGGCGGGCCCACAGUCAGGAGUCAGCCAAUCCAGAGGAGCGUCAGGACAAGUCCAUCUCCUCUGAAGUCCAUCCACUGCUUCCCUGUCUCGUCAUCCUCCCUCUCGUGCUCCUGGUCGCCUCCUCUCUCCGACUUCGACUCCUACGAGGUCGAGUGUCGCCGCCAUGACGACGGGGAGCUGACCUCGGCACUGCAGCUGGCGGGGGGUGUCACCGCGGUAACGCUGGACCACUUGGAGGCGUACCGGAAAUACUCGGUGACAGUCAGAGUGUCGUCGGCUGGACACAUGAGCCCACCUGCAACACACACCACUGUCACCAUGAUAGACCGUCCGCCGGUCCCGCCCCCCAGUGUGCGUGUCAGCGAGAGAUCGUCCAAGGUCACUUCAUCCUCCAUCUUGUUCCGCUUCAACUGCUCCUGGUUCAGCGACGCAAACGGAGCCGUCCGAUACUUUGCCGUCAUCGUGGCCGAGUCUGACACCAAUGAGCUCCUGCAGCCGGAGCAGCGCCACCCUCUGCCCUCCUACCGCGACUACAUCAACAACUCCUCCGUCAGAGCCUAUCAAACCGCCUACUUCUCCAGCCGCUGCCCGCAGGACAGCGAGACCUCCGGCGGACAGGUGGUGGAGGUGAACCUGGGGGCAGGAGGAGACCGGCUGGGUGGGGCUUGCGAUCGUUACCAUGACGACGACCUCUACCUGAGUGACAGCUACGGCGGCUUCUGUGACGGACCGCUGAAACCCAAAACCUCCUACAGGCUGAGUGUACGAGCUUUCACCAGACUGUUUGAUGAAAACCACAAAGAGUUUCCUCAGCCGCUCUUCACUGACACGCACCUGUCGACACCACUCAGGACGCACGCAGAGCCUCUAGGUGGCGUCGUGGAGGGUUUGAGCGCCGGGAUGUUCCUCAUCGGUAUGAUGGUGGCCGUCGUCUCGCUGCUGGUUUACAGACAGCGGCUACGCAAAGUGGCUGUACAGGAGAACCCGGUGGUGAGGAUGAGUAUGUGGAAAGAGGUGCCGGCUUCAGGGAUAUAUAUGGGUGUCAGGAGUAACCGUCGAGUCACCAGUCCUAUCAAAGCCUGUCACUUUGAGUCCCAUCUGAACAAACUUCAGGCCGACUCCAACUACCUGCUGUCAGAGGAGUUUGAGGAUCUGAAGGACGUGGGCCGCAACCAGACGAUGGACGUCGCCCGACUGCCGGAGAACCGAGGAAAGAACCGCUACAACAACAUCCUGCCAUAUGAUUCUACCAGAGUGAAGCUGUCGUACCUGGAGGACGACCCCUGCUCCGACUACAUCAACGCCAGCUACAUACCUGGUAAUAACUACCGGAGGGAGUACAUCGCCACCCAGGGCCCGCUGCCCGGCACCAAGGACGACUUCUGGAGGAUGGUGUGGGAGCACGGCGUCUACAACAUCGUCAUGGUGACGCAAUGCGUGGAGAAGGGACGGGUGAAGUGUGAUCAGUACUGGCCUGCAGACAGAGAGCCGCUGUACUACGGUGACCUGGUCAUUCAGAUGCUGUCAGAGUCCGUCCUGCCGGAGUGGACCAUCCGAGAGUUCAAGAUCACCUCGGAGAGCGGCUGCAGUUACCCUCGUGUGCUGCGUCACUUCCACUACACCGUGUGGCCCGAUCACGGAGUCCCAGAGAGCACUCAGUCCCUGAUCCAGUUUGUCAGGACGGUCCGGGACUACGUGGACCGAUCACCCAGCACCGGAGCCACCGUUGUACACUGCAGUGCCGGUGUUGGACGUACAGGGACAUUUAUUGCAUUGGAUCGAGUUCUACAGCAGAUGGACUCCAAAGGAACCAUUGACCUGUACGGCUGUAUAUUCGACCUCCGCCUGCACCGCCAGCACAUGGUCCAGACCGAGUGCCAGUAUGCCUUCCUGCAUCAGUGCGUGCGGGACGUCCUGAGAGCCAGGAAACAUCGCAGCGAACAGGAGAAUCCUCUGUACCCCAUCUAUGAAAACUUCAACCCUGAGUACUGCCGCGAUUUCAUCUACACUGGACGCUAAACAUACAGUGACAUCCAUGGAUUCAAGAAGAGAAGACACUUUGCUCUUUUAGCUCAGUAAUAACAAUAAAAACUAUCUGAGUUAACAGAGAAAGCUAGCUACACAUCAGACAAAAUGUGAAAAUCAGUCAUGUAAACGUGAUCAAAAAAAUAAGAAAACAUACAAAUGAUAUAAUAGGUCACUGGUUACGAAAAGAAAAACUUAAAUUACUGCUAAAUUUUAUUUAUUCUCCACUAGUUUUUAUCAGUGAUCUUGACCUUUGUUAAUGGAAAUUUGAGAGUAAAUGCAGAUAAUGUUUUAAUUACAAUGAAAAAAUUUUUAGGAUAAUAGGGACGUUUUUUUUGUUUUGUUUUUUUUUAAAUAGAUGUAGUCUGCAGUUAUUUAAAAAAGGUGCAAUACAAGACAUUCAGCCCCACUAGAUGUUGCACCAGAGCAUCAGCAUCUUAGACCAAAACAAAUGUGUGCGUCGUUUACUCAAUAAAGUUGGAAAAAAAAGAAAGCGGUCCUUGAACUGACAGAAACUCAGACCAAACUGUCAAACUAGGCAGUGCUGAUCAAAUGUGGAUCGAGAUUCUGUUAGUGCAUUACCUAUUUCUCACCUCAAAUGUUUUCACAAACUUAUUUUAGUGAACUGUUUGGCUGUAAUAUGUUGUAAUAUGAUUAAGUUUGUGACCCGGCUGCUGGGUUGAAGACGCAAUCAGGGAGGAUAGGGAGAACUGAGAGGCUCGGAUUACAACACACACAAAGGGAGUGCUGACAUCUAGUGGAGCUGAAUGUUGUUUAUUGCACCUUUUUAAUAAUUUGCUUUACUUGUUGGAGACUUUCUCAAAAUCCCCCACUCAUGACUCAACUUUUAAAAAUGAGUCACUUUGAGAUGAAUUUGCAUUAAGAGUCCAAUUUCUUAAUCAAAGUAGAUCAUGAUUUUCUUUAAUGUUGAAAGGAAACACGGGUUGAACUCAGGUCGUUGGUGUGUUCAGAUCUGAUGUUAGCUAGCAGUGAUAGCAUAGCAGCUAUCCGUGAUGUAACUGACUGAUCACAGGGGAGGAAAGAGCCAUCUAUUUUUUAUACCCUCUAUUUUAAGUCCUCACUCACUGCUCCAUAUAAGCUGUUUAUUUAAAAAGUUACACAUAUUGCUGUAUGUAAAUAUUGAUGGAAUACUCUUUUUUUUUUAACAUGAUAAUGAAUAUAUAUACUGUAUGUCAACUUUUUUCAUGCUGUGUAUUUAGAUAUUUGAAAUAAAACACUUCUCAUGUAGCUGCGAGCAAUAUAACCUGCUGUAUUCAGACUUCAACUUACUGUAAGUACAGCUUUUGAGUCGUUUAUUUCUAAAAAAAAAAACAAAAACAAAAAAAAAAAAACACUAAACAUAUACCUCUUUCAUGAAGUUGUUCAUAAAAGUUGAAAACUUUAAACAAAAUGAAAGUACAAGUCUGAAUAUGAUGCAGGAAUUAUGGAAGCGUGAUGCAUUCACUUGAGAAAAAAAACUGCUGUUUUUCUGAAUUAAUAAGAUAUCUGAAAAUCAUGACAAUUAUCUUGUUAAUGCAGAAAAACAAGGCUUUUUUUCCUCCAGUGCAUGCAUUACGCUUCUGUAAGGAACUUCUAAUUUUUCCCCCUUUAAAAUACAUUACUAGUUGACUGAAUUGAGUUUCUGGAAUAAAAAUGUGACUUUUUUUUAAUCCCAUGAGUGUCUGAACAAAAGAAAACCCGAUAUUGUAAGAUUUUUUUUAGUUUAAAAAGCAUUAAAAUUUCACAUUUGCCAUUAAAUUUUAUGAAAUAUUUGGUAAACACUAUUCUCUUAAUGUUUGACUCAACUGCUGGAGGAUUUUAAACGAUUUAGGCUUGUAUACGAUGCAUUUUAUGGAUUUAUUUUUAAGGGACAUAAUGAUCAUUGGUUUGAAUUACUGAAAAGAAUAUAGGGCUGGGCAAUAGUUCAAUAUUAUUGUUUAUCUUUCAGAGGAAACCUUAUCAUUAUUAUUAGUAGUAGUAGUAGUAUAUGAGCUUUAAAUAUAAUAGUUUAACAAAAUAUAAUGUAAGUUUAUCAUUCCCAUCAAACUGUACUUAAAGUCUAACAAAAAAUUAUCAAAAUUUGUGAUGUAAACUUUUAUGUAUGAUUGCACAUACAUUUGUCAUAUUGUGAGAGAUAUUGAAAUUAGAAAUGUAUUCUAUUGAUUAAUGAUAUUGAUUUAAGACAUAUCACCCAGCCCUAAAAGAAUGUAAACUUGCUGUCAGAUUACUGGAAACUGGAUCAUAAAGUGCUAAUUAAAAAUAGCUGCCAAACUA